UUGACCCCGCCCCAAUCAGUGGGCUCACCUGUCUUUAUUAAUGGCUGUUCUGGCUGCACGACUCUGCUCUAGGCCUCCGUCGACACCCGUGGAUAAGUAGCUGCAGCGGCCGUGCAUGAGACCUCUGUCUUCGGCUGUGACCAUGGCCAGGACUGGGUUCUGCGACACCAAGCCUCUGCUGGACUUACACAAGAAGGUUUGCUCGGCGGAUGAAAGGCGAGCCCCACUAAGAACCUGGGCUAAUGCCUCUGGGCCUAUAGAUCGCUGGCUGCCUGUAGAAGCAGACGAGUCCAGGAUGAACUUGCUUAAAAUGGAACCAGAACGCAGAUGGGAAAGGAGGCUGUCCUUGCAAACCAGUGAUGGCAUCAUCAUGGGGUUUCAUGAGGACAGUAGGGCAUGGUCACCUGGUAAAUUAAUUGCAGAAGGGUGUGUAGAAGAUCCUGUGCUGCUUUAUCCUUGUGGCCUGCAGGGUCUUCCUAGCCUACAAGUGCUGGUUCCUAGUUUGUUGCACCAUGAAAUAGAGAAGGCAUUAGAGAAAUUAGAUGUCAUAUGGGACCGGACAUAUGCCUGGGAGAUGUUUCUAGACAUGAUGCGAACCCAAACACAGAACUCUCUUCCCAGUGCUGACCUCCCCAGGUAUUUUACUAAUGCCACUCGAGGUAUUCUGGUGGAUUGGCUCAUUCAGGUUCAUGAAAUUAUGCACUUUCAAGAUGAGACCCUUUAUCUGGCUAUACACCUCCUCAACCGCUCACUGCGACUAAUCAAGGUGACCACAGCCAAUCUGCAGCUCCUUGGCAUGGUUUGUCUCUUCAUUGCUGCCAAGAAAGAAGAGUGUCUUCUCCCUGAGGUGUCUGGACUCUGCUCCCUGAUGGAUCACACCUAUACUAAGCAUCAGUUUCUGCGAAUGGAACGCAAAGUCCUCUCCGGCCUCAAGUUUGAGCUAUCCUAUUCUCAACCUCUUCAUUUCCUGCUUAUUUUUGCCUCCGUUGCUCACUGCAGUGCCAUGGUGGUGUGGAUGGCUCGUUAUCUGCUGGAGCUGUCGCUCCUGGAGGGCCAGUGUGUGGUGUUUCUGCCCGCUCAGCUCGCUGGAGCCGCACUCUGUUUGGCCCGCCAAGUUGUGCAGGAGCCUACAACACCAGAGGGAGAGGCUGCCUGGUGUUUAGUCUCCAGCAUUCAUGUUGGCAGUGAAGCUACUCUUAUGAAGAUCAUGCAUAUUCUAGCCAGUGCUGCUGCCAAGGCUCAGACCUGUGCUACUUUUCUUAAAUUUUCAUCUCCAGAAACCAUGCAUGUCAGUAGACACCCAGGACUGAAAAAUGCCUCCAGUCUACUGGGUGUAUGCAGUUGACAUACCUGAUUUGAAACAACUUGAUUACAUUGUUGAGCUUCAAAGGUGCUAAACUUGUACAAACUAGUUUAAACUAGUUAUACUACACUAGUAUAACUCAAGAAUGUCAUUCCUUUGACAAAAAACUUCCAACCAAAGCAGUAUCAUCUUGACUAUGGAUCAUGAAGUGUUGACAUGUAAUUGGGUAAAGAAACAAGUAAGAUUUGUUGCCAGACAUAUGUACUGACCAACUUUGCAGCACACCUGUUUUAUGAACUUAUCUUGUAGCUGAUUUAAGAAAUAUAUAUUUAAACUGUAUUGAUGUGUCCUUGUCUUGCCAUUUUGUGGAGAGGAUGUCUGAAUGCCAAGUUAUUUGAGAAAGUUUUAAUGUAAAAAAAUAAAGUGUCUGUUGCUGAGUAUUGACA